UGCCCUUUCACUGGAGCAGGAAGUGCUUUUGUAAUGUUUUUGAACAAUUUUAGAUGAAUUACUACCAGUAUCAUUAAAAAUACUAUAAGCGUCAGAGACAACGUCGCUGUGUGUAAUAGACUUCCGUUGGUACUGAACUUAUUUGCAACGUCGCCCAUUCAUAGUUGUCUUAACUCCUGACGUAGGGGAACACAACACCUGCAUGCGUGCUUACGCUCAGGCGUAAAAAAGUUCGGUGGUGCUAGCUCCGCCGCUAGUCACCUUUCACCAGCAGAGAGGGAAGUAAGGUUUUGGGGGGUUUAAAGACAAUGAUCUGGAGACAACGUCAAAGAAUUGAAGUUGUCCACCGAGGGCUUCGGGAAACUGUAACUACCUACCACAUCUGGGAUAAACUCAUCGUGCGGGGAAAAUGGUCACGAGUGCGCGGAAGUUUGUGUUUACUGAUGUUGUGGUAGCUAGCUGGCUGGCCCUGUUAGCUUGUUAGCGCAGAAGGUGCGCGCUGCUUGCACUGCUGGACAUCAAGAUUUCCAACUAACCCAACUUAACAGGAAGUUAAACAUCACACAUGUUGCUGGUUAUAUCGUAAUAUUUAAAACAGAUGUUACGGCUGGCUGUUGGUUUGGCUAUCAAACUCUUGUAGCGUUAGUGCGGGCCACGAGCUUUGAAUCUUGUGGGGUCGUAUCAAACACAAGUAGCACAGAUACAGAAAGAGAGAAAACGCACAUCGAACCCGCAGGUACAGCUCAGCCCUGCGCUAUCAAACAUCCAAACGAUCUCCCUUUUGCCGUUACGGAUGACAUCAGGCUUGCAACUCCUGACCUGCGACCCAUCCUCCCAAUCGGACCGAGUUCAUCGUCUUUGUCCGUGAUGGGCCCCCUGCUCAGCUGGUGAGACGCGUGGAAACGAUCUGCAGUCUGACCAUGGGAGGAUGUGUGGGGAGAUACUGGGAAGGCUGGGAGGACACACAGAGCCGAGGCUCGUCCAGGAACGGUGGACGAGGAGGACGUAACGAGCCUCUGAAGAAAGAUCGACCCAAGUGGAAGAGCGACUACCCGAUGACGGAGGGCCAGCUACGGAGCAAGCGGGACGAGUUCUGGGACACGGCGCCGGCCUUCGAGGGCCGUAAGGAGAUCUGGGACGCUCUGAAAGCCGCCGCCGUGGCACUGGAGUGCAACGACCACGAGCUGGCCCAGGCUAUAGUGGACGGAGCCAGUAUCACACUGCCACAUGGUACUCUCACAGAGUGUUAUGAUGAACUCGGGAACCGCUACCAGCUGCCCGUCUACUGCCUGGCUCCACCUGUCAACCUCAUCUCAGAACGCAGCGAUGAGGACCCCAGCGACAGCCCCGAGCCCCCCGCAGCACCCAAAAAGGAAUUCCAGCUCAAGGUACGACUGUCCACAGGUAAGGACCUGCGCCUCAGCGCCAGCAUGGCUGACACCAUAGGGCAGCUUAAGAAGCAGCUGCAGGCCCAGGAGGACAUCGACGCCACCCAUCAGCGCUGGUUCUUCUCCGGCAAGUUGCUCACAGACAAGACGCGGCUGCAAGACACUAAGAUCCAGAAGGACUUUGUCAUCCAAGUCAUCGUCAACCCGCAGGCCCUCCGAGCCCCGAAGCCAUCGCCCACCUCAUCUGAAUAGCUAAGAACAAAGAGGACAAGUGGAGAGGUGGUGCAGUGGGUGGCAGACACUAAAGGACCAGAGGUGCCUCCUAAUGCUGGAUUGAAAUAAAACUGUGGAGGUACAAAACUACAUGAGGGAGAAACUCUACAGUGCUGCUUUCUUUCAUCUACCACGUGUUGUAUUUUGUUUUGUUUUUUUUUUUUGGGGGGGGUGGGACGGGGUAUUUUGGGUUGGUCUUAACGUCAAUCCAGUCACCACACUAACUCUGGAGAUCCUCUUCCCCUUGUCUCUCUGAACCAUUUGGAAUGAAAGCAGAACUCGUGCUGAUGAGCAGCCUUUUCAACCGCAGACAGACGCUGCACAUCACGCUGCACAUGCGCUGCCGUUUUUCUCUGCACUGAUGGUAACUAAGUGCCAAUGGAAGAAAUGCAGAAGUGUCUGUGUUGGUUCUAGAGCACAUUUCUACUAGGACUGCACUGCAAUCCUCUACUCCUCCACAGAUACAGGAAGG